CAUUUCCUGGUACAGUCGGCGGCUCAGAUACAUCCCAAACACCGCUGACUGAGCGACCCUGUCGGAUAUUCUCUUCUUCUCUCCCGUGGCUGACACUUCAAACUGCAAGGCGACCAUGUACCGAUAUGCUGCACUUGUUUUAUCCCUCGCCCUGGGAAUCGCGUUCCAGCUUUCACACGGCACUGAGGUGAACGUCACUGACAAAGACAACAACUUAUGCCUCUAUGCCAAUCUAAUGGUCAACUUCUCAGUCUCCUAUGACACAACUGACAAUAAGAGUGCAACAACCGAGUUUGAACUUCCUGAAACAGUCACAUCAGAUGGAAGUAAGUGUGAUACCUCAAGCUCAUUGUUGAAGAUUAAUUUUGGAGAAGGACACUCCUGGAGCGUGAACUUCACCGUGAAUGGAAAAAUGUACCAAACAGACACCAUUACGUUUUCCUACAACCUUGGUGACACAAAAUUCUUCCCUAAAGCAUCGACAAAUGAAACCGCAAAUGUCUACGUGAAGCCUCACAUUACAGACGUAGGCAUGGACACCUGCUACUCCUGCAAGAGUAAAGAGGUGAUCGAAGCUGAUUCGGUCAAUCAGACGCUGUGGAACGUGCUCAUACAGGCUUUUGUCAGUAACAACAUCACGAGUGAAAACAUCACUUCUUGUGCUGCUGACGUACCCACAACCCCGGUUGCCCCCACCACUCAUGCCACCAGCACUGCGGCUCCCAUCACAAAUGCUACGAUCAUUGUCCCUACUACCACCACCCCGACCCCACCCCUCCCCACACCCACCACUGGGAAGUACCACUUCAAGCCCAAUGAAAACAGCACAGUUUGUCUGAUGGCUUACUUUGGCCUGCGGGUUGCUUACAAGCAAGCUGAGAUGAACUUUGACCCCAAUGGGACCACCAUCUCUGGAUCAUGUGGAGACAACACCAGUGAGCUGGUGGUGGUGUCCAACACAAUGACUAUCAUGCUCACUUUUGUCCAUGACACAAAGAAAUUCCGCCUACAUGCUCUGAACAUCACUGGAAAGACGAGCGCUGGUGUGACGUUCUCUGAGGUGAACACCAACCUGAGUCUGUGGGAGGCGGCUGUCGGCAGCUCCUACAUGUGUAACAAGGAACAGAGCUACAACAUCACCAGCCAGCUCACCAUCGACACCUUCGACCUUCAAGUUCAGCCCUUCGGAGUCAAGAACGGUGUUUUCAGUACAGCCCAUGAAUGUUCAUUGGAUGACACCAGCAUCUUAAUCCCAAUCAUUGUUGGCGCUGCGCUGGCUGGCUUGAUUCUCAUUGUAGUGAUCGCUUACGUGAUUGGUCGAAGAAAGACUUAUGUUGGAUAUCAGACCCUUUAAAUCCAGUGUGCAAUCAAUAUCACGGGGUUCCCAAGCCUGGUCCUUGGGUUUCAUGUGCAAUUGUUUUUUAAAUUGGCAAAUAACAUAAAGAUUCAAGAAUCAAAAUUUAAACUGAAGUCUCUGCUGGGAAAAAAUCUGCAGUGCUGGAGUUUAUUGGUCAUUACGAGACAUGAAAAGCACAUGGAGUAUUUUUGAAUUGCAGUGGAGGGUCUUUAAUGAUGAUAUAAUACGGAGUAAAUCCAUGUAACAACAGAGGGUUUGGUAUUUUUCUCAAGGACCAAACUUGUCUUCCCCCAAUGUUUGUUUCUUUUUUGUUGUUUUCUGGAUGUCUUGUCUUUCCCUUAUUUGUUGUGUUUUUUUGUUAAUGAGCAAGUGCAGCAUCCACACAACCCUUUUUAUUUUAAUUUAAAGGUAUAAUAUGCAGAAAUUGACAGCUACUGCUUGUAAACAGUGUCCCCAGCAAAAGUGGAAGCCAACCCCAAAUGCACUAUAUUUGUGAUUUUGGCACCGUGUCCACGAUUCUCAGUUUCCUUUAGGAUGCGUGCUGCGUACAGUCUGGCCCCUGGUCGCUACCUUUUUAUUAAGUCCCGACUUCACCUGUGCCGUCUCAAACAUAGUGGGUCAUAAGUGAUGACUGAGGGAUUCCUUUUGUAUGAGUCUAUAUAUUUCCUAGAAGGAAAAUCCUGCACCUUAAAGUUAUUCUAAUCACAUGUAAAGUGACUUUCAGUAUGCAAUAUUUAGAGUUCCUAUGCAGGUACACCACACUAACAAAAGCCUCUGGACUUUAAUUUUUCAAGUGUUUUUCGAUGACUGACAGUCUAAAUUCUUUGGAUCCUGCACUUGCUCUGCAGACAUUCCCUUGUUGUUUUCUUUUAUCAUUAUUUAAUCUUUGUGCACAUUUUAGUUCCUUUUAUGGUUUGGCUUUUCAUCCCCACAGUUUUUCAAAUUAAGACAUAAAAGAGUUUUCAGCAGCAUUUACGUCACAAAUCAAAGGUAGAUUGUCGGUCAGCUUUCUUUCUUUGUUCCCAGAAAUUCAUUAACAAGGAUGAAGGUCUACUCCAUUUGGAAAGUAGUCAAGGGAAAUAUGCUUUAGCCCAUGUUUGUCCCCUGUAGAGCAGGAGAAACUUUGGAAUUAUUGUCCUGAUUAUGGGGCUCCAAUCAUCAUAUUAAGAAUGUGAAAGUGUUUGUUGUUUGAGCAUUAAUGGACCUUUUUCAUGGUGGACAUUUGGGCAUCAGGCAGCAAAAGUCCAGGUGUAACUAAUGACAUUAACGAGUGGCCCUGGAACUAGCAAAUCAUUAAAUCAUUGUUAGUGUUAUUAACUACACCUGUGCUCUUCCUGCUGCACCACGUCCGCCAUUUUAAAAGGUCUCUUACAUUUGCACACGCUGCACUCAGAGAAUAAUAUUAAAAGAAAGGCCAACUGUUAUUUUCUCACUCAACACAUUUUGGCAUUAGGUUUAGAAAAGGGAGAGUUUUGAUAUGUAGAUAGUCACUUUCAGCGCAGAGAAUUCUGAAACAAGGAUAUAUACAUCUAAAUGCACUAAGGCGCUCUUUACAUUUUUACAUUAUGUUGAGUCUUUUGUCACAUUAUCUCACCUGUGUAUAGGCGUGGGCUUGGCCUGAGCUCUGAAGGCUGCAGCUGGAUCAGGGGACGUUAAAGCCCCUGAGAGCUUUGUUUCGAAUCUAAAGUACUUCUCUGUAACAUUUAGCAUUCACAAAUACACAAGCAGCAAUCCAAAAAAAGGUCCUGAGGUAUUUCUGCACGAAGAGUUUAAUCCAGUUAGACAUUUUAUUAAAUACGCUUAUUUGCUUUCUUGCCAAGAGCUAAAUCAGACAAUUGAUAGCACUCUCAUGUCUGUCAAGCUACAUCAGCACAUGCAGCUCAUACAGCACAAAGACUGGAAACAGAGGGAAAAACUAGUCUGGCUGUAUCCAAAGGAAACAAAACCGCCUACCAGUCCCUCUGACGCUCACUUAGCAUGUUGCAUCAUGUUUGUUUGGAGUGGUAUCAGUCUUUUCAUCUGACUCUCAGCAAGAAAGCAAGAAGGGUAUUUCCCAAAAUGUUAGACUAUUCUUUUAAAAGCUUUUUCACUCCAUCAGGACCUUGUAGGUGAGGUUUGAUCCAGAAUUGGCAAAGAACGAACAUGCCUACACCUGACUUAGGAUUCUGAUUAAAAAGUAAAAAACAAACAACACGGAGGUGUGUGAUAUAAUCUUGUGAUACACAAAAUUGUUGGCAGAAAGUUGUGUUUUCAUGUAGUCACUCAUAGUAAGAAACUUAAAUUAAGCUUUCGGGAGCUUUUAAGUCAGGGAAUUAGUGCAGGUUUGCUUUAAUGCGACCCAAUUGCCAGAAUAAAUGUUGGCAUUGUACGUUUCUGCAAAGUGACGAUGCUGUGGUAAAUGUGUGGUUAGGUUUAGGCAUAAAAAAACCUCUUGGGUAGUAUUAGAGAGGGUUAUGUUUUGACUUAAAAAUACCCAGUUUGGUCGCAACAAUCUGCGUCUCCCCGUUUUGUCGCCAUAACCACAGCUAAAAAUGUCCCAACAUCUCGUUUAAAAAUACCCGAUUUUGUCGCCACUAACAUGGCUGGAAAUGUGCCGACAUCACGUUAAAAAAAUAAUCAUUUUUAUCACCAUUAACGCAGCUGGAAAUGUCCUGACGUCUUGUUUCAAAUGACAUGGUUUUGUGACCACACACAUGGCUGGAAGUGUGCUGACAUCACCUUAAAUAUAUUCAGUUUCAUCACCAUUAAUGCAGCUGGAAAAACCCUGAUGUCUUGCUAAAAAAUACCCGGUUUUGGUGCCACAAACACGGCUGGAAAUGUCACUAGUCUCCAACAGUGGUCCUCUGCUCAGAAGCCAUCACGCCAUCCACCAUCCUCUCCUCCUUCUGAUGAGAAACUCCUCUCAUAUACAUGUAAUCUGAACUAAGUCACUUUAGAAAUGUUGAUAUAAUAACGUUUGAAACGCACAAAUCUGCCAUUUACGGUUUGCAUAAAUACACAAUGCCAACAUUUGAUUCUGUCGACUGGGCUGAGUGAUGCAGCAUCAGGGACAGAGGCAGGCCCCAGAAUGUGUACUUCUUUAAUAAUAGAAAGCCAAUGUGACACUUGGUAGUAGCUGUGUAUUGUUGCUUAAAUCUAGCUCAGUGUCGUGUACUGUCAGCCUUGUUCCAGCUCUUCAGGACUGGAGCGUCGCUGGCAGUACGCCACACUGAAUAUGAGUAGAAAUAGUUUUUAAGUUGCUUAUAAAGGUUGCUUUCCCAGGACAUUGUACAUGUGUAUGAGUACUAACUAUGAAUCAAAUAAGAGCUUUGAUUGUUGCCUGUGAUUGUUGUUGUCUUGUGUAUUUCAGCUUUGUACAAACUCAGUUGCCUUAAUUACAAAGAUGGUUUUGCAGCACUGCUGUAAAUGUUUAUGUUUAUGACAUUUUCUUAUCGUCAGUCUCCCUUGUUCUCAUCUAACAGGUUUAUCAUCACAACAACUGUGCCUUGCUUUGUCUUGUUCAUUCAGUAACUACCUAAUAAUGUUAAGAAACCUUUUUGGUAACAUUGCACACACAUGUUCAGCAAAGGGAAUCCGUGCUGCAAAACCAUCUCGUUACAGAUCAUUUAAUGUGUGUUAUGUGGACAGAAAUGAUUUCAUCUCCAUUCACUCACGCUGUUAGCUAUACUGAAUUGGAUUUCAAAUUGUGUGUCAGACUGAAGUGGAGCUUUUUAGUCUUUUAAGAUUCAUGGAAAUAAAAAUGCAUUGCUGCCCUGGA